CUCAGCAUCGCAGGCCCUGGCGCAGGCGCUCUCCGGAAGGUGCAGGAAGAACGUGGCGGGGCUCCCUGGGAGGCCACAGUCUCGGGGAAGGAGGAAGACAAACAAGAAAUAAGACAGUGUCCUCACAGUGUGCCACAUCCAGGGCUGGAAGACAUAGGGGGCUAUGGUACCUUGGAGGAAGGGCGUUCACCUAGCCUCUGGGGUCAAAGACAGCCUCUCCCAGGAGGAUCCUCUCCUCCCAUGAAAAGACAACCUUCAAUCUGUCAAUGCUCUGAAAAUUCUCAAAGUGGUCCAAAAGCGGUUUUCCCUGCAGGGAUGGGACUGGGUGCUAUGGGCAUGGGAGCCUCACCUUUGGGCCUGAUCUUCUGGAAAUUGGAGCCUACACUAGAAGCCUGCCCAGUAGACUCACAGGCGGCAGUGAUGUUUCUGCAAGACCUGUCUUCUUUGUUCUCAGGUGCCUAGACAAAAUGUUUGCAUUUCUUUCUUGUGCCAUAAGUGUUCCUGCUUCAGUCCCCAGGCACCUCCUGUGGGCCCCUCGGGUGAUAACUGUUGUCUUGCUGUUCUGGGAGCGUGGCAUUGUCAGGCCUCAGUAGGCCCUAGGAUAACGCUUAACACUGCUGGCUGGUGGCCAUCAGCCUCCUAGAGAAAUCCCCUGUCACCGCAGAUGGUAUCUAUGAGGUUUAAGGGGCAAGAGAGACCCGGAGACCCUGGAAGAGCUUCUCCUGUGCACUGGGACUGGCUAGUUGUGAGCUAGUCUUGGUGGUUGUCAUGAUGCAGAAGUUAGGAAGGAAAGCUCCAGAGCUGUCACUGAGGUCCCUGGGGCCUGAAAUGGAACGAUCCGAAUUCCCAAGGCUUCCACAACAGCCUGGAAGCCAUGGCUUAGAAAGAGAGAUGUCGGGGUUCCCACCGCCAGGACCGGGGUGGAGGUGACCGCGCAUGGACUUUCAGAGGAGGCUGGGCCUUUUGCUCACAGCCCUCAGCGCGGGGCUACUGCUGCUUUUCAGCUGGGUGACGCUUGCUCAGCCCAUCUCUCUUUCAGCACUGGCCCACCACCCCCACUUGUGCCAGACUAGCUGGGAUGCUGAUGGCCGCCACUACCCCGGUUUUUUCUGUCCUCGGCUGUCGGAUACCCCGGAGGAAGCUUACUGCUGUCACCUGCAGUCUGCAGGGGGCUCCUGCUGCACCCGGGCUGAAUUUGAGGCCUUGUACCAGGUCAACCUGUCCGCCCUUCCGCCCCCACCCCUCCUCAGGGGCCGGGGUCCGCUCCUAGCGCUGGGCCUCUAUACCCUGCUGCUCGUGGCCCUGAUGACCGCCGACCUCGUGCACUUCUGCCGCAGUCGGGCAAGGGGUCGGCGCCCAGGCAGCCUCGGGCCUCCCUCUGGGUCCUCUGCCGCGCGCCCCCUGCGGAUCUCGGCUGGAACACACUAG